AUGCUCCGUGCUCUGCUGCUGCUGGGGGGCCUGGCCCCGGCGCUGCCUGCUGGUCCCCACUGGGCAUACAAGGGUCCCCACGGGCAGCAGCACUGGCCCGAGGACCACCCAGCCUGUGGUGGUCAAGCCCAGUCGCCCAUCGACAUCCAGACGCAGAGGGCGCAGCCGGACCCCUCCCUGCCACCCAUCCGUCCCGUGGGCUACCAGCACCCCGAGGCCGGGGGCUUCAGCCUUGCCAACAACGGCCACACCGUGGUGCUGGCCCUGCCACCGUCCCUGCGCCUUCAGGGACUGCCCCACGCCUUCGCCGCUGCCCAGCUCCACUUCCACUGGGGCCAGCCUGGGCACACGGCGGGGGCUGAGCACCUCCUCGAUGGCCACCGUGCCCCUGCUGAGAUGCAUGUGGUGCACUACGACACAGAGCACUACUCCAACGCCAGCGAGGCACAGCACCAUGCUGGGGGGCUGGCAGUGCUCGGGGUCCUCCUGGAGCUGGGCUCUGACCCCCACCCUGCCUAUGACAACAUCCUGAGCCACCUGGGGAGCAUCAGCUAUGCCGGGCAGACCACAUCCAUCCCCUCCUUCAGCAUCCAGGACCUGCUGCCCCAACGCCUCGACCUCUACUAUCGCUACAACGGGUCCCUCACCACGCCCCCCUGCUCCCAGAGCGUCCUCUGGACUGUCUUCCAGCAGCCUGUCCGCAUCAGCCUGGCCCAGCUGGAGCAGCUCCAGGGAGCCCUGUACGCCACGGCAGAGGCAGAGCCUGAGCCCCAGCACCUGGUGGAUAACUUUCGGGUUCCCCAGGAGCUCCACCAGCGCCAGGUGCUGGCCUCCUUCCCCAGGGAGCCCGAGGGGUAUUCAACAGGUAAAAUUGUUGCCAUCGCCUUCGGCGCUGCGGCCUCCUGCCUCCUCCUGGCCCUUGCCGUCCGCCUCGCGGCCAAGAGGAUGCGGUGA